AGGCAGAGCGCUAGGACCUGCCCCUUUGGCGCCCGGGCUAGAAAAGAGCGUUGAUGCCGGCCGCAGUGAUGAGUCCUAGGCGGCGCUGCUUGCUCAGCGGCUCUGCCGAGCGGGUGCUGCUGGUGGCCUCUUUGCAGAUGUAUUCCUGUCAUUGAACAUUUGCCCAUUUGAAGGCACAGGGGAAGCUCAGCCAUCAGUAUGUCCAAGUACAAACUGAUUAUCUUAAGACAUGGGGAGGGUGCUUGGAACAAAGAGAAUCGUUUUUGUAGCUGGGUAGAUCAGAAACUUAACAGUGACGGGCUGGAGGAAGCUCGGAACUGUGGGAAGCAGCUCAAAGCACUCAACUUUGAGUUUGAUCUGGUGUUCACGUCCAUCCUUAAUCGGUCCAUCCACACAGCCUGGCUGAUCCUGGAAGAGCUGGGGCAGGAGUGGGUUCCUGUCGAAAGCUCUUGGCGUCUGAAUGAGCGUCACUACGGAGCCUUGAUCGGUCUCAAUAGGGAGAAGAUGGCUUUGAAUCAUGGCGAAGAGCAAGUGAGGCUCUGGAGAAGAAGCUACAAUGUGACCCCGCCUCCCAUCGAGGAAUCUCAUCCUUACUACCAUGAAAUCUACAACGACCGGAGGUAUAAAGUGUGUGAUGUACCUGUGGAUCAACUGCCACGGUCCGAAAGUCUAAAGGAUGUUCUGGAGAGACUCCUUCCCUUUUGGAACGAAAGGAUUGCUCCUGAGGUGUUAAGUGGCAAAACCAUUCUGAUAUCUGCUCAUGGAAAUAGCAGUAGGGCACUCCUGAAACAUCUGGAAGGUAUCUCAGAUGAAGACAUUAUCAACAUUACUCUUCCUACUGGCGUCCCCAUUCUCCUGGAACUGGAUGAGAACCUGCGUACUGUUGGGCCUCACCAGUUCUUGGGGGACCAAGAGGCUAUCCAAGCAGCCAUUAAGAAAGUAGAGGAUCAAGGAAAAGUGAAAAAAGCUGAAAAAUAAAGUCUUCCCCAGACUUUAUUUGUAGCUGGCGAGGAAUAGCUACAGAAAGGAAUGGCAUGCAGUGUGUUGUUAUAAGUGCUUCUGUCUCUUUCUUUCUCUUUCUCUCUCCCUCCCUCCCCCCACUUCCCCUCCCUCCCUUCCUCCCUGAUUUUUCCAGAGCUGGGCUACGGGGUAACGUUUGUAUAGGUAACUAGAUAACUUAUGUUGGCCCAGAUAGAGACUUCAGGGUGCCUGAGUGCUUACUUCAUACGCCUUAUGGGUUAGCCCUCCCGCCAGCCCUGUUUGAACUAGUCACUAAACCAGUCACCAGUGGGGCUUAGUCAAUGUCAUAUGUUUCUGAGAUGGGAGAGUCAUAGUGGAGGUGGACUUGAAGGUAUUCGCCAUUCAGUAGAUCAUUAUCAAGUCACCACUGACAGGUACUACUUAGUAAUUUUAUAUUUACUAAAGCUUUCUGGGAUGAUAGGAAAGGAUAUUAGAUAAUGCACUGUACUUAAGUAUUUAUUAUACUAGCCGUUUCCUCCAGGAAAAGGGAUGUUUUGCUAGGUAAGCUGAGAGGCACAGUAAAUGGGAAAGCCACAGAUGGGUUCCCCCAAGACAGCCAGCAAUAAACAACCAAGCCCUGUGCCCUGUCUCUGGUCCAGAGACUCCUGUGUUUGACAUUGGGUGGAAUUCCUCUUUGGCAGCUAGAAUUAGCAGCACAUAGACAACUGUAGCUGUUUGUGUUCUCUUUUUGUUUUUUGAAACUUAAUCCUUGGGUACUUAAAAUUGAUUGAAAAAUAAAGUUGUGUGACCAAAAAUGCUAUCCCCAAGUAUCUCUACAUGACUCAUAAAUAUUAAAGUCUUCUGACCCAGUCUUCUGCUCAUAUCUUCCUGCAACACUCAAAGAGGUGCACCCUAGUUCUCUGUAAAUGAAGGGUGGUGUCAGGGAGAAGGUACAAUGUGUAAUUUUAUUCACAGGAGCAGGGGAAGUGAUGUAUUGGAGCUUGCUGCAUACAUUUGGUGUUCAACCGCUGAGGGCUAAGAGUAGCCAGGGUAGACCAUGGACAGAAUAGAUUGCUUAUCAAUCUUAAUGGUACAGUUUCCCUUAGUAUAUUUUUAGAUACUGUCAAUAUGUAAGUCAUUUCUUCAAGCUAUUGCCUUAUUUCAAAGCAAGUAACAUAUAUUUCAAUGAUAAAGUCAUGUAAAAAAAUUUGCAGCUGUAAUAGCAGUUACAAAGAUUUACCAUUGUUUUUGUGGCUUUCCAUUGGUGGAUUUAGCUUAUUUGUAUCCAUGUU